AUGGGAGUGUUGCUGCCCUGGUUGUUAAGGAUUUUAUUGGCUAAGGUUUAUUGAUCAGGUGGCAUACUCCUGCAAUACAACAGAGAAAGAGAGACUAAAGGUCAUACGCAGUCGACUGCGGAGUGUGAGACAAGCAGGCGCACAAAUUUUGAGUUUGUCCGUAUCAGAUAUGACAUAUUUCACCUACAAGGGGAUCUUGUUCCCCACAGUGGGAUCUUCAGUGGAAACACUGAACUAUGUGGAAAAUGAGUUCCAGCUGUUGGAUGAUGAUAUAGUGACUGUCACAUAUCCAAAGUCAGGUACCAAUUGGAUGCUGGAGAUCUUGGGUUUGAUUCAGCACAGUGGGGACCCAUCAUGGAUUUCCAGUAUCCCAGUGUGGGAUCGGUCACCAUGGAUUGAGAUGUCUGACUGCCUGGACACAGCCCUGAAAUACCCUCCACCCAGGUUCCUCACUUCUCACCUACCAAUCCAGCACUUCCCUAAAUCUUUUCACCACUCCAAGGCCAAGGUCAUCUAUGUAUUGCGUAACCCCAAAGAUGUGCUGGUCUCAAACUACCACUUUUCCAAGUCAUUUAAAGGAUUCCAGGACCCUGGGACUAUGGAAGAAUUCUUGGAAAAGUUCCUGACUGGGAAUGUUGCAUUUGGUUCCUGGUUUGAUCAUGUGAGAGGCUGGAUGGAGCUGAAAGACAGACCUAACUUCUUUUUGGUUACCUAUGAAGAGCUACAACAGAAUCCCCAAGACAGUGUCAAGAGGCUUUGCCACAUCCUUGGAAAAGACCUGAAUAGUCAGCAAAUAGACUCUGUGCUGGAAAAUGCCUCUUUCCAGAAGAUGAAGGAAAACAGCAUGUCCAACUUCUCCCUAUUGUCACAGGAAUUUUUCGAUCACAAGAAAGGAAAGUUCAUGAGGAAAGGGAUUUCUGGGGACUGGAAGAACCACCUGACAGUGGCACAGAAUGAAUACUUUGACCGCGUUUAUCAGGAGAAAAUGCAGGGUGUGAACAUUACUUCCUAUGGGACUGAAGAAUGCUAGACUGCUCCACCUGCUGUUCUGUACACAAACAUUUUAUCUCUCCAAAGUCUCUGAGAGUCAAUGUAUUAAAUAAAAGAAGCCGGUUGAA